AUGGCCAAUGAAGAAGAUGUUGGAUACAAGUCGGAUACCGAGAUAACACUUGCGUUAUACAACUCCCUUAGUUUUACAAAGACAUCACCACAAGUUGCGAAUCUACUUAAUACUCCUGCAACUACUAAUACCCCUGCUAUUCCUGAUAUUGACAUCGAUAUCAACAAUGCAACUGCUCUUCCUCCACUAGACAAGCAGCAAAGACAAAGCACUACUAUAUACAAUUUGCCUAGCAAUAUCCUACUACAUAUAUGUUCAUUUCUACACCAACAGGACCUUGUCAAUUUGUGUUUAUCAAGUAAAGUUUGGUCUUUUUCAGCAACAAGUACAUUGUACUCCAAGGUUAUUGUUAAUGACAAUACAACUACGCUUGCAACAGUACGGUCAGCUAUUACAAAGUACCCCAAGUUCUUUGGAACCUUGAUUUCAGCAUCCAAUUUCCAAGGCUUGUUACAGUCUAUUUGUUCAAAUCCAAGUUUGGGGCGUUUGUUCAAAAGCUUAAUACUCGAUACAUCAAAGGAGACUUUAACCAUUAUUUUGAACAAUAUUUCGUCACUUGUGCCAAUAACUCGGUCUAUUUCACCAUCCCCAGUCAUAAGUCAACCAUCUUCACCACGCUCUCCGUCCUCAUUUGUCUCCUUGUCAUCACUAGACUCACUGCAUACUGAUUCUUCAAAUACAAGCGUGUCCCUCCACCUUACAAGCUUAGUAGCCCCAGAUAUCCCAUUAGCAUUCUUUAUUGAAAAUGAUUUGUUUCAGUUUGACAAGAUUACUAAACUCAGUGUUGCUGUUGGUGAAAUAAACAGCAACCGAUAUUCAAAACUAAUCUUGCCCAAUUUGCAAAGCCUUAGCAUCAAGUACCACGAUACGUUGAAGGAUGCGCAGUGUCUAGCUAAUUUGGGUUACAGUUUACAAAGCUCCGGCUCACUCCAGAGCUUAAGAGAAUUGGAGUUUUCCAUGGGUAGGGAUAAUGACCAUAUUAUUAUCAAUAAUAUUUUACACGGCAUAGACGACGCUAGUAACUUGAAGCUUCCAACUUGGUUGCAUUUUUUUGAAAGUUUUUUGCAAAGAAACGGAAAUGCAACAUUUCCAAGUUUUGUACUUGUGCUCGAUUCACUUGCUAUUGAAGGGCAUGUUGGGACGCAGGCCUCAGAGAGUGUUCAAGUGCUACAACAAUGCAUUGAUUUGUCCUUGCUAUCGAAUUUACAAUUAAAAGUCUUUGAAACUUCCUUACAUAUAGAUAACAUGACUUCCCCCAAUCACAAUUUAGUGAAUCUAAAUUCAGACCAUAAUAUUGACCAAUUUGCAGAUUUAAUCACCAAAGAAACGUCUAGUCUUGUAAGUCUUGCAAUCAAUCCUACUUUGGGUUGCACAAAUUGUCAAAUCCAUAGCAUCUACAAAACACUAGCAAUAAAUUUACCACAACAACUAAACAAUCUUUCUGUUGUGUUUGCAUCAACUAAUUCUGAAACCAGUAAGAGCGUUAUUGAUGCAAUUUGCCAAUCGCAAUCCAACUUGGAGAGAUUACUUAUACGCGAUCUUACCACUGAGUCUAUGGAUCGCUCACUUUUAUUCAAAUGCAUUCAUUCCAAUUUCUCAUGGUUGAAACUAUACGAAAAUGGGCUCGCAUAUGAGAAAAUGAUUACGGAUUUACUAUUUAGCGACAUUUUUCUUUGCGACUUUCUCAAACUUGAUGAAGACUUUAUUGUCAAUAAUCAGAUGAUGCAGUUUAUACGCAAAACUAGCGGUCGUGGUUUAAACGAGUAUUUGCAAUAUUUCUUUCAUUUCGCAUUUAGUCCCGUUGUGUCCUCAAAUUUCAAGCUUGUUGGCCAGUUCCCUAAAUUGAAAAACUUGAACGUUUUGGGAUUGAGUCUCUCUGUGAAUACACAGAUCAACAAGAGCUCACAAGAAAUUUGUUAUGUGGCAAAUGGGCGCCAUCUUUCCACUGGGUUGAUAUUUAAAAGGUAA